CUCGCGCGAACUCGGAAGCGGGGCACCCGCGCGAGGUCGGGAGGGAGGCGGUCGCGGUCCGGCUACCUGCUUUUAGGGAGUCUUCCUGCUGGGAGUCUGCACUGUUCGUUUCUCUGUCUGAGGAGGCGGGAUGGCUGUAACAGGCUCCGUCUGGAGUGACAGCUCUUGAGGACGUAGCUAAGGGCAUCGACCAUGGCGCUGCUGUCGGCCCUCAGGGGCGCGACCUGGCGUUUUCCCGGCCACCUUGUGCGUCUGUCCUCACACCCGGCGGCGCGGCGUGGGGAGCGGCCUGGUGGAGAGGAGCUGAGCCGCUUGCUCCUGGAUGACCUGGCGCCUGCCCCGCGCUCCACCGGGGGCCUGGAACUUCUGUUCGGCCUGUCCCCGUGCCUCCUGGCUCUGCGGGCCGCCCGCCGCCGCGUGGCCCGGCUGCUGCUCCAGGCCGGCAGGUCGGGGGUGCAGGGAGAGCGGGCAGAGCUGCUCCGAGCGGCGGAGGCGCGGGACAUUCCGGUUCUGCGGCCCCGACGGCAGAAGCUGGACGCCCUGUGCCGCCACCAGGUCCACCAGGGCGUCUGCAUGGAGGUGAGCCCGCUGCGGCCCCGGCCCUGGACUGAGGCUGGGGAGGCGAGGCCAGGAGAUGACCCCCAGCAGCUGUGGCUCGUCCUCGAGAGGCUCCAGGAUCCCCGGAAUCUUGGGGCCGUGCUGCGCUCCGCUCACUUCCUCGGAGUGGAUAAGGUCAUCACCAGCCGCAGAAACAGCUGCCCGCUCACUCCGGUAGUCAGCAAGGCCAGCGCGGGGGCUAUGGAGGUGAUGGACAUAUUCUUCACCGAUGACCUGGACGGUUUUUUACAGGCCAAAGCCCGGCAGGGCUGGCUCGUGGCUGGCACGGUGGGCUGCCCCGGGCCUGAGAUUUCCGGAUCCUCUGAGAUCCCCAUCACUAGUUGCUUGGAGUUCCUCUGGGACCAGCCUACUCUCCUAGUGCUGGGGAAUGAGGGCUCUGGCCUGUCCCCAGAGGUGCAAGCCUCCUGCCAGCUCCUCCUCACCAUCCUGCCUGGCCGGCAGCUGCCUCCUGGACUGGAGUCCUUGAAUGUCUCCGUGGCUGCAGGAAUUCUUCUUCACUCCAUUUGCCGCCAGAGGAAGGGUUUUCCUGAAGAGGGGAAGAGAGGGCAACAUCUCCAAGACCCCCGAGUACCCUCAGCCACGGCUGAAGGGCCCAGAUUGCCUCAGCACCCAGGACUGUCCUCAGGAUCAGAAAGAGAGAGGCAAGACGGGGGCUGACUUGAACUGUUCAAGAUGUGUAUGUGCUGGAGGGCAGGGGAUAGGUGGCCCACACAUCCACAUGGCGAAAUGUGUUGGAAUCUGUUACUUGAGUGUGCACCAGGCUCUGUUUAGUAAUCACUGUCUUGGGAAGCAGGGAGCUUUGCAGUGGAGACCAGAAGAAGUUCAGUUUCCUGUUUUGAGUUUGCACUUGCAGUUGGAGAUGGUAGCCUGUUAAUUUCUAGGUUGUGCUAGUUGAGAGGGUCUGUUUCCGCCCAGGUCCUGCCUGGACAUCAAGGGGAAGUCUAAACAUCAGAAGGGAGUUGGGCAGCACAGUCCAGGGAUUCUGUUCCUUCGAACCAGUGUGAGAAGGUAGAGGGAGCCAAGGGCUCUCUGUGGGCCAGACAGGUGCGAAUCCAGGCUCACACCUGCCCCACUGCGGGGCCUUGAGUUCGACUUCAUCUUUAUAUGCCUCAGGGCCCUUGUUGGCACCUCCCUCUUGGGGCUGCUGAGGCUCAAAUAAAACCUCAGCUGGUGGGCCAUUCUGUUCGAUUCAUCCAUUAGGUGGCAGCCUUGCUCUUCAGUCCACGGUCUUUUCGGGAAGCUCUUGCAGUCAUCUGGGGGGAUUCCUGGUCGUGGCCCCCAAGAGGCAAGGGAAACGUUAGCACACACCUCCCACCCCACUGGCCCUCAAGUCCCCCUGACUGGUGAGUCAGCAGUUAGUCCACCUACACGGAAGGAACCAAUGAAGCCUGGCCUCUGAUUCUGGGAGGUGGCAAGGAUAGGGUUGCUGGUUGUUAUAUCAGGACCGAUUUGGUAACUUGUCCCUCAGAGUCCCACAGAUGGAUCAGAGGCCACAGAUGUAAGUAGUUUAGAAUUGUCUGGGUUGCACAUUGGAACCACCUGGCAAGCUUUAAGAAUCAACUGACACUGGGAGAUCCCCAGAGUCUGAUGUAGUUGAUCAGGGUGCAGCUGGGCAUCAGGAUUUGUAAAGCCUCCCCUUUCCCCCACCACAGGUAUUAUGUGCAGCCCAGGCUGAGACCCUGGAGCAGGGUUUGUCAAUCUCAGUGCUGUUAACAUUCUGGGCUGGAUAAUUCUCUGUUGUGGGGACUGUCCUGUGCAUUGUAGGAUGUUUAGCAGCACCACUGGCCUCUACCUACCAGAGGCCAGUAGCAGCCCCCUUCCUCCAGUUGUGACAACCAGAAAUCUCUCUGGACAUUGCCAUAUAUCCCUGGAGGGUGGGGUGGGGGUGUCACCCCUAGUUGAGAACCACUGCUCUGGAGUAUGGAUCUGGAGGACAACAACCCUAAAUUCAAAUCCUGAUUGCUGUGUGACGUUGGGCAAAUUCCUUACCUGCCUGGGCCUCAGUCCCCUCCUCUUUCUGGAUUGCUAGGAGGAUUCAGAGGACACUAGGAACUCGGUGCCUCAUGUAUAGUAGGUGCUCAGUAAAUAGUACUGCCCUUUCUCUGUGGACUGCAUUUAUCUUGGAAUUCCAAUGGUAAUGCCAAUUUAGAAAGACAUUUGAAUUUGUUUAAAAAGGGCCUAAGAUUGCUUUAUGGUCAAAGUUGAUCCUCUCAAGAAAGGAGGAAACCUCUUUCUAAACUCCACAGACCACCACUUUAUUGGCACUCUCCCUCCUCCCUUGAACUGUCUGUCCCCAUCUGGCACACAGGCUCUGACCUCCGCUGGCACAUGUCAGCCUUGGGCAUACUACCUGUUUCCUUCAUCCCUGCUGUGUUCUUGGCCAAGAACCUCGUGUGGCUUUGCACCUUGGCUGCACUGUAGAGUCAUGGGAUCAGGGAAGGGGGAUAACUUUUAAUAUUCCGGAUGCCCAGAGGCACCAGACUGAUGAAGUCAGAAUCUCUGGGGAGCAAGCCAGGUACAUGCAUUUCUUACAGCUCCCCUGCUAGAAUCACUGUUCCUCCAGCCACCCGCUCAUAUCCAAGAAACCUCUGCCAAAUCACAACGUGCUUUGGAGUGCAUGUCUGGAAGCACACGCCAGGCAACCUUUCAUCUGUCCCUAAGGUUCUUUAGAAGAUGCUGGUUCUAGCCCUGGCUCCAUGACUUCCUACCUAGAUGGCUUCUCAGUCUCCACCCCUGUAAAACGGGAAUGGCACCAUCAACACCUGCUCCAGCUGCCCCCUCCCCAGCAGAGAUGCUGUAAAAUAAGAUGAGAGAAUGUCAGGAAAACAUGUUUUUGGCCAGUGUUGAUCAGUGAUUAGAGUGUUGGCCUGCUCACUCAAGGGUUUCAAGGCACGUACCUGGGUUGUGGGUUCGCUCCCCACCCCCGGUUAGGGCACGUGCAGGAGGCAACCAGUCAAUGUGUCUCUCUCACACCAAUGUUUCUCUUUCUCUACCCCCCUCCCUCCCUUCCACUCUCUCUGAAAAGCAAUGGGAAAAAUAUCUUAAGGUGAGGGUUAACAACAACAACAAAAGUAUUCUGUAAACUGAAGAACUAUGCACCCAGGACUGGCACACAAUAACAAACCUGUUGUGAUGGUUCACCUUAUAUGUCAGCUUGCCUGGGCCAUUUGGUCAAACGUUCUGGGUGUGUCCGUGAGGGUGAUUUUGGGUGAGACUAACAUUUAAAUUGGUAGACUGAGUAAAGCAGAUUGCUCUUCCUAAUGUGGGUGCACCUCAUCCAAUCAGUUGAAAGCCUAAAUAGGACAAAAAGCCUGACCCUCCCAUGAGUAAGAGAACUCUUCCUGCUUUUUUGGAACUGAAAACACGGGCUCUUCUGGAGUCUCGAGCCUGCUGGUCUUCAGAUGGGAAUGACAUCAUUGGCCUCCAGCAUGAGACUCACCCUGCAGAACUUGGGGUGCCAGCCCCUAUGAUUACAUGAGCCAAUUCUCUAUCCUCCUAUAUAAUAAAAGGCUAA